AUGCUGUGUGCGUUAUUAUUGCUGUCGUUGUCUUCAGCAUCUCAGUAUCCUCGUGAUGUACUAACUCCUUACGUGCGGAACCACGGUCCUGAACACGAUCAAGAGCACGUGUGGUCUCUACAGGACCCCAAUUGGGGGUCUCUCACAUAUGAAUCAUUUGCAGCUUCCGACGUAGAGAAGGAACCUGUUGCUCUCAGGAGGCAAUUCGUGGACUACAAUACUCGCCAUCAGGCAGUACCAGGUCACAUCGUGUAUGCAGAGUUGCCCAGACGGACGUUUUCAGUAGUUGAACCAGGAGGGCCUGGUGGGUGUGGCAUCAAUCCGAUUGGAGAGAGUGGGGACUACGCACGCUAUCCGUGGCCUAUCCAGGCUACUGUAAAGGACACUGCUGAGAAUUCUGAGUGCCUAGUUGCUAUGAAUGCCGGCUACUUUGGUGUUCAUACGGGCCAGUGUUUUGGUAGUCUGGUUGUGGAUGGUCACAUCAUUCAGGUGUCUAACAACACACCAAAUGCUGCGUUUGGUAUUCGACAGGAUGGGACUUUGCUGACUGGAUAUAUCCCUGAUGAGGAGAUUAGUAAUCAAUCUAAUCCAUUAGUUCACUUGGUGUCGGGUGUCAUCUGGUUGGUUCGAAAUAGUGUUAAUUAUGUCCAGGAAAGUGCGAAGGCAGAGGCUUCGGAAAACGAGGGAACAGGGACAAUGAAACAAUUUAUUGAUGUAAUUUCGGCCAGAACAGCUAUAGGGCAUGAUAAAGAGGGAAGAGUGAUUCUAGUGCAUGUGGAAGGUCAAACAGAUCAGAGAGGUAUGGACCUUAAUGACUUUGCUAAUUUGCUGGUUCGUCAUGAUUUGGUAAAUGCGAUUAAUCUGGAUGGAGGAGGAUCAGCAACAAUGGUAGUGAAUGGAACACUUAUUAGCUACCCUACAGACCAUUGUAAAGGAGCAUUUCGUUGUAUGCGUGAGGUGUCAACUGUUGUGUGUGUUCGCCGGCCAGUUUGUAGAUAUCCUAGUUGUAGUGGACAUGGCCACUGUUGGUUGGGUGUGUGUCACUGUUAUGAGCCAUGGACAGGAGACGCGUGUGAACGAUUGAACUGCACUGCCGUCUCUUGCAACAACAGAGGGAACUGUUCAGAGGGUUUGAAAGAGUGUGAUUGUAUAGCUCCUGGUUACACAGGAACUUUUUGUAGCCAUGUAUGUCUGCAAGGUUUCUAUGGUCGUGGUUGUAAAUUGAAAUGCCCUUGUUACCAUGCUUCAACAUGUAGUCCAUUCACUGGUCAUUGUACACAGUGUGAGCCUGGAUGGAUGGGAAAAUACUGCAAUGAGACUUGUAUGGUUGGCUACUUUGGACAAGACUGUCUCCACAAAUGUGACUGUUCUCAGCAUUGCAGCUGCUCUCAUUUCACUGGUGAAUGUAUGUGUGAUGAGGGUUCAGAAGGUCCUACUUGUAUUAAUGCAAUGAGAAUGACUAAUGGCUCUGAUGCUUCUCCCACCAACAUUUCUAGUGAUUCUAGUGGUAUAUCACUGAUUCUUGUUGUGUUACUUGGAGCCAGCGUUCUUCUCAAUGCUCUUCUCACUUGUGCUUUGUCAUAUUCAUCACAAAGAACGAAGAGUAGAUAUGAUAUUAAAUUGUGAUGGAGUGCUUGUACAGAACUAAUAUUCUGAUUGUAAUUCUGAUAUAUAAAUAUAACUACACCAGAUA